CUUGUUCAUAUUCCUCAUUUACCGAAUCAGCUCCAGCCUCCAUUUCCGAUCCGAAAAAUAAAUUGAACUUUCCGAUGUCUUCUCCUCCACCGGACGCCGGGGCAGUCGCCGCCGUCACCGUCCGACCGUGGCCGUUAUUCAUCGAUACCGCCGCCCUCAGCCUCCCAAUCUCAGUCUCCGACGCAACAUAUCGGAUCAACAAAAACCUCCGCUAUUUCUCCGGUAAUUACUUGUUAAUCAUCCUCUCUAUCCUAUUAAUCUCCUUAAUUAUUCGGCCAAUUUCACUCGUGUUGUUCCUUAUCAUCUUCUCCGGUUGGAUUUACCUCUACUUCUCCCGUAAUGAACCUUUGGAGCUGUUCGGUUUCGAUAUCGAUGAUAAGUUAGUGUUAGGGUUUUUGACUUUGGUAACUCUUGUUGCGUUGCUGGUUGCUAAAAUUUGGAUGAACAUCGUCGUUUCAAUUGGCUUUGGAAUUGUGAUUCUGUGUGUUCACGGUGCACUUAGGGCUCCCGAAGAUCAGGAGGAUUCGCCAUAUGGUUCUUUGCUAUCGGAGAGUCCGAGAGGAAAUUAUUCUAUCGUUUGAUUUCAUGAUUGAUGUAGGUAAUUUUUUUUUCUUAUAGGAAUGUGGUUGAAUUGUAGGAAAAACUUGAGUUGAUUACUGUAACUAGUAUUGUUGAAUUGAUGAAAUUGGUUUUGGUGAAGUUCUCGAAAUGCUGUGAUUUGAAUAUAUGAAAAAUUGCGGAUUUUAUUUU